UGAAGCAAAAAAGAAACGAAAAAAUAUUUACGCAUAGCAAAAUUAAGAGCAGCUGGAAUAAUAUUUAUAAUAGAAUUAGCGCAUAAAGUUGUAUAAAAAAUUAAAUAUUUAAAGUGAAAUUAUUUAACUAAAAGUAUAAGUUAAUUACCAAAAUUGUGUAAAAAUGUGUGGGGGUUUCACUUGCUCGAAGAACGCGCUAAUAACGCUUAAUAUUUUGUAUGUGAUGGUUGGAUUCUUGUUGAUUGGCGUUGGCGUUUAUGCGCGUGCAGCUUCCAUUGUGACAAAUCUACCAAUUGUGGGUGGAAUUUUAGCCUGCGGAGUUAUACUUAUAUUAAUUUCAAUACUCGGUUUGGCCGGUGCAGUGAAACAUCAUCAAGUGAUGCUAUUUUUCUACAUGAUCAUACUCUUCAUGCUCUUCCUCAUACAAUUCUCCAUUGCCAGCUCAUGCUUAGCUGUAAACUCGGAACAACAAAAAGAAUUUGCGGAGGAAGGUUGGAAUAAUGUGCCAGAUUCUAUACGUCAUCAAGUGCAGGAGUCUUUCUUUUGCUGUGGCUUUAAUACUACAAAUUCGGGUACACAAUGUGAAGUUUUAAACACUAAUUGCUGCUCUGGUGAUCUCAUCAAUUGCUCCUGCCCACCAUGCCUACCUGUAUUGGAGGAUAAAAUCAAUUUUGCUUUUAAGUUAUGUGGCGGUUUGGGUAUUUUCUUCAGUUUUACUGAGGUACUGGCAGUCUUCUUGACGCGUCGCUAUCGCAAUCAACAUGAUCCACACUAUCCACCAGCGCGUGCAAUUUUCCCACACAAUUACCAGUAUUAGUGAAAAACUAUAGACAUUUAUCAUCUCGAUUAAGGCAGCUAGCACAAGCUUCUAAUAUUAUGCUUCAAAAUUGGCAAAAAAAAAGACCAUAUUUUAAUGUAAAAUUGAAGAACAAUUGACGAACAUUAUAUACACGUAUAUAAAAUGCAAAUUACUAUGUUAAAUAUUACCAAAACUUUUAUUAUUAGAUGCUCUGUAGUUCUUCACAAUUUACUUUCGUUGCAUUACUUUUCAUAUACACAAUUUUAACUAUACAUAUUGCUAUUGUUGUAAUCUUUGUGUUCGAUUUAUCACAAUUGCUUGCAUUCAUUUAGUUAAAUUGUGCAAAUUAGUUUUUCAAAUAUGUAGCUUUUAUAGUUUUAUGGCAAAUUCUAGUUAUUGCAAAUCGUAUGUAUUUUUUGUUUACAUUUUGUUUUCCUUAGUAAACUUAUUGAGAUUAUUUUUAUGUAACUAAAAUUAUUAUAUUUUUUAAACUAGCAUUAUUAUAAUCCAAAUAUAAUAUAUACGAAUGGGUUGCAGAACAAAUUAAAUUGCUCAAUAGCCUUAGUUCCAAAAUGUGAAUUAUAUAUUGAAAGUAUGUAUAUUUCUGUAGAUUUUUAAUGUAAAUGUUCCUUUACUUUUAAAUCGACUUUCCAGCACUAAAGGCAAUCAUUUAGCGAAACAAACAAAAAAAAUCUAUAUAGCAAACCAAAUGUUAAAAAGUUAAAAUUAUAACCAAUCAUAGUUAUUUCUAUAGCAGCUUACUUUUAAAUGGGUGCUUUAAUUUACAAUAUAUUCUAGUUUCCGAAACACAUGUAUUAUCUCACAAAUUGACGAGUUUCCAUAAAUCAAACAUUAUAUAUGUUACUAUACAAAAAAAAAAAAACAUAUUGAAUACCACUGUUGCACAUACAAUAUACACACAUAAAUAUUUAUAAAAUAGAACAUUCUUCAUAUUACAUGUAGGUUUGAUUACAAAAUACUAAUUACAUAUAAAAAUAUAUACGAUAAAGUACGAUAAUAUUCUCUGUAUUCUGUGCUGUGAUUGAAAUAAAUAUGAUCUUUAAACUGUA